AUGGGAGGGAGACUCUUGUCCUGGCUUAAAUCGUUUCUACUAUAUCGUUCUUUUUGCAUCCGUUGGCGCGGGACGCUGUCACCUCCUCAUGCCUUUAUCCAAGGCCUCCCCAAGGGGAGCGUUCUUGCCCCCAUUGUAUUCACAUUAUACAUGGCGAACCUUUGGACUGCUCUUCCCGCCAAUGUCACUGCCGUCCUUUACACGAACGAUUUAUACAUUCUUACCUCGAGUACUAGGCCUUUAAAAGCAGCUCGCAAAGCUCAAUUAGCCCUGGACCACCUUGAACAUUGGGCAACCACCUGGAGUUUAUCCUUUUCUGCCACAAAAAGCGCUUCUGUCGAUUUUUCUGCCAAACUCCACCGCCCUCCACUUACUUUGUCUCUUAACUCAAGUAAUAUCCCUCAGCCCCCUUCUUUCCGCAUCCUCGGACUUAAUUUUUCGCAUAACUUCACAUGGCACGCCUACGAGACUUUCUUAAGAACCAAAGUGACUCGUGCCGGUUCCCUUCUCAAAUUUUUUGCUUCUCGUAGUUACGAUGCCAAAAGAGCCGACCUCCUCCGCUUAAUCUAUACCGUCCUUAGCCCGAUGGCGGAAUUUGGCGCUCCUCUCCUGGAAGGGGCCCCCAACCACUAUUUGUCGUAUCGAAAAACCCAUUCAGGAAGCCCUUCACACAGCCUUGGGCCUGCCCAAGUCUACUCCGCUCUCAUCCUUAUAUGCCGAGUCUGGCUAUAUUCCACUCUAGUCUAG